GGUGAACCGGCGAAAGCGAAUUGAAGUCUUACCUGGCAACGUGGUGACCAUUAUUAUCAUUGGUCUUUAUACGAUUAAUUCAACUUGACACGUUUCAAUAUUCAAAAUCUGGAAUUCACAUUCUAUUUCAUUUAAACACAAAAAAAUUAAACUGAUAUUGUUAUUAUACUUGUUAUGCGGUCUUUUGAGAUAAUUAUUACUUUUUAUGCAGUUAAAAUUUGUAAGGGAAAACAGUGCAUCCUUCUUACACUACAUCUGCUGCCCCGACAGACAACCUAAUCGACCGAUCAGCUGACCAGGCCCACUCAGGGCACAGAAGGCAUCUUGACGAAAACAGCCUACUCCUUGGGAGCAGCUAGAGUGAGAAAAGUACUGUUUUUUAUUUGAAACAUAUCAACUAUAAACAAAUACGACGAUUUGGGACUAGAAGCAAUAUUGGAUUACAUACUAAACAAAAAAUGUUGCCAAGUAUAUGUGGAUUAUAACAAUAAGUACUUAAAAAACUCUACAAAUGAAAUCAAUUGAUAGUGACGGACAUUUUUCCACAAAAAUCUAUUAAAUUGUGUAUUAAAAGUGCAAAGAGUACAUACAAAGCCCGUUGGCCGGUAAAAAAGACUGCAAUAAAUAGCAAAACGCAAUAGUAAAAUAAAACAAGUGAAACACUCACACACACAAAAAUGCAGCGAAUUUUUUAAAAAAUUCAAGUGCAAAUAACCAAAAUCAAACGGAAAAGCAGUAACACGUGAAAAAGUUGAAACAAACGAAGUGCUGCUGCCAGAUAAAAUAUACGAAAAAUUGUGCUACAACAAUUUUCGCGACUAUCAUAUAAAAUAAAUUAACGCCCGACAUUUCCCUGUCGCAAAAUUGUAAAAUCCAAAUCUUAAGCAUAAUAUUUAAGAAAACUACAAAAUGAUGUGGGACACAAUUGCCGAAGAAACCAACGGAGAUAUGGCUAUGGAAUUUGCAAGCUGUCAAAUGCCACACGACUUGAAUACAGUCGCAGUCGCUGCUAGCAGUAAUGGAGCUACCCGUCAACGCCAGCCACGGAAUAUUUUGAGCAGCCCGAUAAAUGAUAUGGUAGUCGACCAACAACUGUCAUUUUAUGGGGAUGACGAACAUGCUGCUGAGUCAGAUCAGCAUUCGGCCGUUUUCGAUAUGCCACAACAGAUGGGUUUACUGUCACCUGAGGGAUCGCCAUGUCGUUUCCAAAUAGUACAAAAGCCUAGAGUACCGAAAUAUAGCCAAGAAGGCAGCAGUCACAACGGUGGUCAACAACGCCAGGCAUUUGCAAACCGCCUACAGAAGCUACAACAUAACAAUGCUGCCAAUGGCAGUGCUAGCACACCGACACCACCGAAGAGUCUGCGUAUUUUCCACAGUUUGUCAUCUGGUUCGAUGGGAUCUUCGUCGAUGGAAGAAGAUUACAUGGAUCUGUUUGAAAUGGAAUCACUUGAGAAUUCAAUGAUGCCAUCAAAUAACAUGCCGAAAAUCCCCAGCGAUUUAGACUCGUUGUUUGUCGGACAAAUCAAGAAUAUAUUAUCACCUGCCCACCGUACAAUCGAACAGCGACAAUUGUUCGAACAAUUGAGAACACCUGAGAUGCGCCGUCCACCAGUGCGCCGCUGCCUAAGCAUGACAGACAAUUGUCUACCCAAGACACCGGAGACGCUGCUUAAACAAGUGCAAGAAAUCGCUACCAGUCCAUAUGGCGUUAAGCUGUUAACAACGGAACGCAACCAAAGCACCAUGAGCAGUUGUUUCAAACGUCCCGAUCCACCAUCGAAGACCAAUUCGCCGGUACUUAUCAAACGUUACCGCAUUGAAGCCGAAAAGGAGAAUCUCGAUGACUCUCUGACAAUGUCACUACCAGCACUGCCGGCGCCUCAACCCAAGCUCAGCCAUCCACCAGCAUUGCGCAAGAGUAUGUCGAUGAAUGAUGCCGAAAUCAUGUCGGCGCUCGCACGCUCGGAGAACAACGACGAGAUAGAUCUCAUCGGCGAUUUCAGCAAACCUUAUGUACUGCCACUAAUGGAUGGUCGUCAUCGCGAUUUGAAAUCAAUAUCCUGUGACACAAUGGCACGUCUGAUGCGCGGCGAAUUCAAUAAUAUUGUAGGCAACUAUCGCAUCAUCGACUGUCGUUAUCCAUACGAAUUCGAAGGUGGUCACAUACGCGGCGCUCAAAAUCUGUACACACACGAGCAGAUACUCGAGGAGUUCCUCGCGCAACAAAAGACUGAAAUGGCACAGCGUAAAGCAACCACUGAUCAUCGUCGCAAUAUCAUUAUAUUCCAUUGCGAAUUCUCAUCGGAACGUGGCCCGAAAUUGUCGCGGUUCCUGCGCAGCACCGAUCGUGAACGCAACACCAAUAGCUAUCCGUCACUUGACUACCCCGAGAUCUACCUGCUACACAAUGGUUACAAAGAAUUCUACGAACAUCAUUCGGAGCUGUGUGACCCGAUUGCCUACCGACCCAUGUUGGAGCCAGCGUACAACAGCGCGUAUCGUCACUUUCGCUCCAAAACAAAAUCCUGGAACGGCGACAGCGGUUUGGGCGGUGCUACAGGGCGCCUAAAGAAAUCUCGUUCACGGCUAAUGCUGUAAGCAGCAACGGUGCAGCGGUACAGCAAAUGAGUCAAAUAUCAAUACGCUUGUUAAACCAAUGCCGCAGCUUCAGCUAGUAUGAAAAAAAACCAAAAUUUUCUUACAGUAGCUGGGCGGCAGACGGGCGCAAAUGCGGUCGACGUUACAUAACGUCGCUAAAUCGUCAGCAACAACUAAUAAGACUGCGAAUUUGACAAGGAGUGCGGUUGGAGGGAGAACAAAUUCACGAUUGCAGUACAAAUUCAAAAGCUCAGCUUUAACUAACGUUAAACUUAUAUUUGAAAACAAAAAGAAAAACAAAACAAAACACCCAAAACAAUUUUAACACCAACUCUUUGUAGUUGGGCUCCCAACGGUAACUCCCAAUAGAGUUUCGGGGCGGCCACUUACACACUCGCACUCGUAUUACAUAACCACACAUGUACAUAUACACAUGCAAUUAGCAAAACCACAUUUUUAACGCACAAACACACCACACAGACACAAGUCAUUCAUUCAUCAAAUUUACAUUCAAUUUGUUUUUGUUGAAUUUUUUAUUCGAUGUUUUAUGUCCAAUUUGGAUUUUAUUUUAUAGAAACGUUUUAUGUGUAUGUAAGUACUAUAAAAAAACAAUAACAAAGCAAAUCAUAAUUUGCAAGCUCCUUUGUGCAUAGACUGCAUGCGAGUGCUUAUGCAUGUGUGUGGGCGUGUGUAUGUAUGCGCGUACACUAUUGUACAUUUAUACAUAUGUAAGUGUAAGAAAGGACACUUUCAUGGCUACUAAGUCACUGGGGAUCGAGUCAAUGCCAUGUACAGCUGUGUGAGCGCCUGUGUUAGCGCCUCCAUGUAAAUAAUGUGUAUGUAUGUAUUUAUGUAUGAGUUAAGCAUAACGCAACGUUUGUAAAAAAUGCUUAAAAUAUUUAAUUUAUUUGCUAUGAAUAGCUUUAGUUAGCUUAAUUUAAUUUGCUUAGUUGAUAUAUGUAUGUUAAGAGGCGCUGCCAAACACAGCGCGCGCACGCGCACACACAAACGUACGCAUAGCUCACCCAUUGUAAAUUAUAAUUAUAAAUUUUUGUAUGCACAAAAGCACCCUUAAUUUAUUUAGUUACAAAAGUAUAAAGUAAAAUACAAAUGUAAUAUAUUUUUGUUAGUGAAAUGCAUGCUAUAUAUAUGUAUAUAUGUAUGUAUGUUUAAUAUAGGCAAUACUAUGCUAAGCAAUCACAAAAACAAAAACAGAAAAACGAAAUUUGUGCAUUAUUAUGUAUAAUUUGUAUGUGUACAGCAAAAGCAAUUAGAAAUUUCCAAAAGAAAAAAAAAACACUAACAAACAAAAAAAAAAUGAAAAUGAAACAACAACAAUGUGAAGCUAUUUAUAUAUUGAUUUUCUUUAUUUUUAUUUUCGGUACAUAUUUGUUUCGAUUUUCGAUGAACUUUUCGAUGUUAAUUAACGCAUACAUAUAAUACAUAUAAGAAAUAUUUACAACGUAACAAUUCAUAACCAUGUAUAAACAUAUGUAUACAAAGCAUACAUACAUAUGUUCAUAUGUACACUAAUGUGCGCACAGCAACGCACGCAACCAACAAGCACAAGCAUCUGGGCACGCACACACUACUUGUGUUGUCGUCGCUGCAGUCAAACCAUUCAAACAAAUUCAACGUAAAGUUAAAAACAAUUACGCUUAUUUUAUGUUAUAAGAACCCCUUUUUUAUUUUUUUAAAGCAUAGCUUUCUUUUUCAUAUAAACAACACAAAAAUACAAAAAAAAAAUUAAAAUAAAAAUAAAAACAAAAAUGCAAUACAAAAUUAAUAUGUAAAAAAGGAAAUAUAUGAAAAAAUUUAUCAACCAAGACUACAUGGCUUUAAUUACGACCAAAAAAAAAAAACACAAAAGCAAGAAAAAACGAAAAUCAGCAAGAAAUUUAAUUUACUUUGAAGUUUCACUUUGAGCGGCGCGUAAAUCGCGCAAGAAAAGAAGCUUAUGCAUACACUUUGGGGGCUUGAAAUAAGCGUGAUUGUGUCUUGACAACUUCGUCUAAGAAGUAAGCAAAACUCCACACAAUAAACCAAUUGUAUCAAGUAGCCAGAGCCAAAAUCAAAGGCUUCGAAGUGUCUGUUAUAAGUUUUCAUGUAAUUUCAGACCGAGCAAAAUAAAUUCUUUGUAUACAUAUUUCAUAUAA